UUAAGUAAGAUUUAUUGGCCGAUUGGGUGAGGUUCUGAACACUUUGAAACCAACAUGAGUAAUGUUUCUGAUGAUGCUGAGAUACUGUGAUCAGUAGCAACGGAAACGGAUUGGAAUCUUUAAAUUCUGUUUCUAUUUAGAUAUUUUGUUCUGUAAGGUGAGAUGGGUUCUAUUCAAAAUAUGGUGUACUAUUGCUGUGUUGCCAAGGGAAAUAGAAUCCUCUAUGCUUACAGCUGUGGUGACCCUGAAAUUGACAAGCUGGCAGUUUUGUGCUUGGAAAGGGCUCCUCCCUUCCACACCUGGUAUUUUCAGAGUGUUAGGAAAAAGACUUAUGGGUUCCUAAUGGAGGAUGGGUAUAUCUACUUCUCUAUUGUGGAUGAGAGUCUUGGAAACCCUGGGGUCCUUCAGUUUCUGGAACAUGUAAGGAAUGAGUUUAAGAAGCUUGCAAAGAGCAGUUCAAGGGGCAGCAUAUCAGGUUUGAACUCAGAUCGCUUUCAAGAACAAUUGGUGCCUGUUAUCCGCCGUUUGAUUAACUCAUUAGAGAAAGUCUCGCAACCCCAAUCUGAUGGUGACUGGAUGCCUGAGAUUCCGACAUCACAACAUCCAGGGCCUUCACCAUCACCAGAAAGUGGUCAAACUGAAGUUGCCACAUCUACUAAGGCUCCAUUGCUUGGGAAGUUUAGCAAGCAAGAGAAGAAGAAAAUGAAGGAUCGUGUUAUCGAGGUUAGAGACAAUGGCUCUGAGGAGCACCGGAAGUCUACGGAUCGAGAAGUCAGGGAUGAUGUGUCAACCAUUGAAUCUGAUAACCAUGGUGUGGUGGUCUCUUCAUUCUCAGUACAGAAGGGUUCAAGCUCAAUGAGUAUUACUGCAGAUCCACAGCAUGCUCGAGAUAGGUGGCGGCGCCAAGUUCGGAUUGUCAUUGCUCUUGAUGUACUUGUGUGUUUAAUUUUAUUUGCACUUUGGUUGGGGAUUUGUGGCGGCUUUCGAUGCAUUUCUGGUUAGGCAUUCCCUCUCUCUGUGUCAACCUUGAGCUCAAACUGAAUCAUAUACCUGAAUUGCAGACGUAAUGAAUCUGUUACGUAGCAUCACACUCAUACGUGUGAAUGUCUGCAAAAUUUUUGGUUGGCUUCUCAGAGAAAUGAAGCAUAGAGUCUCCUGAUAGAGUUUUAAAUGAAGGGGACAUUUGCUUCAAGGUAUGCUUGACAUCCUAUAUCGGAUAGCUUCAUUCCUUGAUAUUUCUUUGUACAAAUAUUACAUAGCCUUAUUAUAAUUGUAUAUCUUUGUUGUGGCUAUGUCCUUUGAAUCAUAUUAUGAUCUCUGGGUUUGGGCUGUACUUUGGUCACUUGUUAUAGCCACAUGAGGUUCUUCAAUCU